AUGUCUCAACCUGCCCUCAACAAGAUCGCCCACAACAGCCCUUCGAGGCAGCAUCCUUCGGAGUUGGAAAUCAGCAUCGCAACUGCUCUUUAUGAACUCGAGACCAACAUCCCUGACCUUAAGGUCGCCUUGAGACCGCUUCAGUUCGUGUCCGCUCGCGAGCUCGAAGUCGGCCAUGGCAAGCGCGCCGUCGUCAUCUUUGUUCCAGUGCCCCUGCUCGCAGGCUUCCACAAGGUCCAACAGCGCCUGACCCGCGAACUCGAGAAGAAAUUCUCAGACCGCCACGUCUUGAUCCUUGCCUCGCGCCGCAUCCUUCCCCGCCCCAAACGCUCCAACCGCUCUCGCACCAGCCAGACCCAGAAGCGUCCGCGAAGCCGUACUCUGACUGCUGUCCACGACGCUAUCCUUGCGGAUGUCGUCUAUCCAGUUGAGAUUGUGGGCAAGAGAUUGAGGACCAAGGAGGAUGGAAGCAAGGUGUUGAAGGUCAUUCUUGAUGAGAAGGAGCGGGGUGGUGUGGAUUACAGACUCGACACCUACUCCGAGGUGUAUCGGAAGUUGACUGGACGAGUUUGCGGCUUCGAAUUCCCCAUGAGCAGCUCUACCGACUUCUAG